CACCUACAACUCUUUACACAUCCUUCACAUUCAUUCUCAUAUCUCAUUCGAUCAUACUAAAAUGGAAUCAGUACUUCACACCCCAAAGCCUCAUGCUGUGUGUGUGCCAUUUCCAGCUCAAGGCCAUGUGAGUCCCUUCAUGCAACUUGCCAAACUCCUUCGUUGCAAUGGUUUCCACAUAACAUUUGUGAACAACGAGUUUAACCACAAUCGUAUGGUCAAUUCUCUUGGAGCAGACUUCGUGAAGGGGCUACCGGAUUUUCGAUUCGAGUCCAUACCGGACGGUUUGCCACAUUCUAAUAAGAACGCUACUCAAAACGUUCCAGCUCUGUGUGCUUCAACUAGCAAGCAUUGUUACGAACCGUUCAAAGAGUUGGUGAAGAAGCUCAACUCUUCAGGUGAAGUGCCUCCAGUGAGUUGCGUAAUUGCUGAUGGCAUCAUGGGAUUUGCUACAAAAGUGGCCAAAGAUUUGGGCAUUCAGGAGUUGCAGUUUUGGACAGCCUCUAGUUGUGGCUUCAUGGGAUAUUUGCAGUACGAUGAGCUUGUCAAAAGAGGCAUUGUUCCAUUCAAAGAUGAAAAUUUCAUCACCGAUGGCACCUUGGAAACAAGCUUAGAUUGGAUAUCUGGCAUGAAACAUAUGCGGCUUAAAGACUUUCCAAGCUUCACAAGAAUCACUGAUAUAAAUGAUAUCACAUAUAAUUUCUGGGGUUAUGAGGCCCAAAACUGUUUGAGAUCGUCCACAGUCAUUAUUAAUACAUUCCAGGACAUGGAAAGUGAAGCCCUUGAUGCUCUUAGGGCCACCAAUCCAAACAUCUACACUAUUGGCCCACUUCACUUGCUUGACAAUCAUUUUCCUGAAAAGGACAAAGGUUUCAAGGCAAGUGGGUCUAGUUUAUGGAAAAAUGACACUGAAUGCAUGGAAUGGCUUGAUAAAUGGGAUCCUUGCUCAGUCAUGUAUGUUAACUAUGGAAGUAUAGCUGUUAUGUCUGAGAAACACUUCAAAGAAUUUGUUUGGGGAAUAGCAAAUAGCAAGGUGCCAUUUUUAUGGAUUAUGAGGCCAGAUGUAGUGAUGGGUGGAGAGUUUAUAAAUUUGCCACAAGAGUUCUUAGAUGAGAUUAAGGACAGAGGAUACAUUGCAAGUUGGUGUAAUCAAGAACAAGUGCUUGCUCAUCCAUCAAUUGGGGUCUUUCUAACUCAUUGUGACUGGAAUUCUACAGUAGUAUGUGUAUCUUCUGGUGUGCCUAUGAUUUGUUGGCCUUUCUUUGCUGAGCAACAAACAAACUGCAGGUAUGCUUGCACAACAUGGGGAACAGGUAUGGAUAUUAACCAUGAUGUGAAGAGAGAGGAGGUUACUGCAAUUGUUGAGGAAAUGAUGAAAGGGGAAAAGGGAAAGGAAAUCAAACUGAAGUGUUUGGAGUGGAAGAAAAAAGCAAAAAAAGCUACUGAUUUAGGAGGAUCAUCUUACAAUAGUUUCCAUAAGUUGGUAAAGGAGGCGCUUCAUCACAAUCCUGUCUGAUUCCAUUCAAUUUUACCAAGUGUUAGAAGUAUAUUUCGUUUUGAUGCAAUAAUUGUUGUGGCAUGUGAUAUUUAGUUGAAGUAUUUUGGUACCACGAAUAAUUUUGGGCUUCAAUCUUCUGCUAGAAAUUGACCCAAGAUAGAUAUAUUAUCAUAUCCAAGCGGAUGAAUAAUUCUAUUAAGGUACUUCUUUUACAUUCUGUAAUAUUCUAAGUCCUAGGAUAAUGUCACUUGUAUCACCGUCCAUAGUUUAAGGGAUUUCUACCCUGAUAAAUAAACUGUAAUGUUGCACAAUGAGAAUCAUCAUAAAAUGAGCUUGCUCACCAAU